AUGUAUUUAAACGACAGAAUUAAUACAAUAAACACCGAAAAGAGCAAGAAGAACAUAAAAGGGAAAACAUGUUCCUAUUUAAAGUCAAGCGUUCAUCAUGAAGAAAAAUCACCAAAGGAGAACAACAAAGUGGAGCGAAACAGAAAAGCGACAGAGGAUGAAGAGUCGCUGCAGAGGACAACCUUCGGAAAGGCAGUGUUCAAUAUGACCCACUCAGAGAGGGUGAUGGAUGAUCUGACAUGUGGACGGCGUGUCGGCUUUUAUGAGCUGAAGGGACAAAUUGGCUCUGGUAACUUUUCCCAAGUUAGACUGGGAAUACAUGAUCUGACCAAAGAGAGAGUGGCAGUAAAAGUCCUGGAUAAGGAGCGUCUGAACAAACAGGCCCAGACUCUCUUUGCCUCCGAGAUCAGCUGCAUGGAGAGAUUUUCCCAUCCUAACAUAGUGCGCCUGUAUGAAGUGGUGGAAACAUUUAAACGGCUUUACCUGGUGAUGGAGUAUGCCAGUGGAGGGGAGCUGUUCUCCAAGAUCACCACCAGAGGACGCCUCUCGGACCUGGAGAGCAAGCUGGUGUUUUCACAGGUUCUCUCUGCAGUGAAGCACAUGCAUGAUAAUAACAUUGUCCACAGGGACCUGAAGGCUGAGAAUGUGUUCUACACCCACACCAACUGCAUUAAAGUAGGGGAUUUUGGUUUUAGCACAAGUUGCAGCCCUAAUGACAUAUUGCACACGUUCUGUGGCUCUCCACCUUAUGCAGCUCCUGAGCUUUUUAAAGAGAAAGGCUACAUUGGACAUUAUGUUGACACUUGGGCAAUGGGUAUUCUGCUUUACUUCAUGGUGACCGCCACAAUGCCCUUUAAAGCAGCCACCACAAACAGGCUGAAGAUUUGCAUCCUGCAGGGUUCUUACUCGAUUCCCUCAUAUGUUACCAAGUCCUGCCAGGAGAUCAUAAAGGGUCUCCUGAGGCCAGUUCCUGUAGACCGUCUCAGCUUGGCACAAAUCAUGAGGAGCAGCUGGAUGGCAGGCAUCGAGUACCCCCAGGCCUACCCACCUUCCAGACCUACUCCGUCACACCUGGUCGAGCCAAACCACAUCCUCACCUCAGAGGAGCUAAAUGUGAAAGUGGCCCUGGAGGAUCUUGGCAUCAGUGCGUUUCAUCUCAACAACAGUUUCGACAUAAGAAGCCCUAUCACCGGGACUUACCGGAUCAUGCUGCAUCGAAUCCAGAAAAGGCGAUCGAUAGAGGCUUCAGGUUACACUCGCACAUGUACGAGCGAGUCUCUGAACAGACUAAGAUGGAAAGUCAGUUCAGAGAGCCUUCUGUACAAACGCCACUCUGUGGUCUGUGUCAUCAUGUAGCCUUUUCUUGGUGUUUGUUAGAUCACAUACUUUUAUGUAAGAGAAGCUCUUCUUGUGAUACUUUGAUGUUUCUGAAAGGACAC